AUGAUUUCUCCAUGUUCUCCUCCUCUAGAGCCACCAAUUCCUCCUCCCGAAACCCCUGCAUCCCAGGCCCUUAAUAUCCCCCUUCCUCCCCUUACCCCAAACCUCCCCGAAUUAGCUUUUCCACCCUCGAGUUUCCAGGCCCCUGUUCCCCCACCACCUCCAUUGCCGCCUCCGCCCCCCACCACCGGGUUUGCUCCCCCUCAUGUCUUCGGCCUAGAGAAGAGUCAGCUCCUGAAGGAGGCCUUGGAGAGGGCCGGCCCAGUCCCCGGGAGCAGAGAGGAUGUGAAGAGGCUCCUGAAGCUGCACAAGGACCGUUUCAGAAGUGACCUGCAAUGGAUCCUCUUCUGUGCUGACCUGCCCUCCCUCAUCCAAGAAGGCCCUCAGUGUGGGCUGGUGGCCUUGUGGAUGGCAGGCACCCUCCUGGCGCCCCCCGGCGGCACCCCUCUGGAGAGACUCGUGCAGGUGGCCAUGGAGAGAGGAUACACGGCCCAGGGGGAAAUGUUUUCAGUGGCUGACAUGGGCAGGCUGGCCCAAGAGGCACUGGGCUGCCAGGCAGAGGUGCUCUGCGGCGGCCUCGGCGGUCCCAACAGAGACCAGGUCCUGCAGCACAUUGUCGCCGGACACCCCCUCCUUAUCCCCUACGACGAGGACUUCAACCACGAGCCGUGUCAGAGGAAGGGCCACAAGGCCCACUGGGCUGUGAGCGCAGGGGUCCUGCUAGGUGUGCAGCGUGUGCCCAGCCUUGGCUACUCGGAGGAUCCCGAGCUGCCAGGCCUGUUCCACCCAGUGCCCGGCACACCCCACCAGCCACCAUCCCUGCCGGAAGAAGGCUCCCCGGGGGCUGUCUACCUGCUCGCCAAGCAGGGCAAGAGUUGGCACCACCAGCUGUGGGACUAUGACCAGGUCCGGGACAGCAACCUGCAGCUGACGGACUUCUCGCCCUCUCGGGCUGCGGAUGGCCGGGAGUACAUGGUGCCUGUCGGCGGGGUGCGGGCCGGCCUCUGUGGCCAGGCCCUGCUCCUCCGACCACACGACUCCAGCCACUAG